GGCGUUUUGCCUUUGCUCGUGUUGUUAGACGAUGACGAUGCUAGCUUGGAAGACAAGUUGCUAGCUACAUUAGCUCAGCGGCGUUUGCUUAACUAACGGUUGUAAUGUUAUUUGUAACGUGACCCUUUUCAGGUUGCAGUUGUCUGUUCACUUUUGGAGCCUGCUGUGGUUAAACGGAGUGUCAGCUGUUUGCUGGAGGGCAGGGAUCAGUCUAAAUCUGAACCGAUUCUCCCAGUAUGUUGCCUCAACACCUGAAGCAGAUUAGAGUCCUCAUGCUCAACGACAAGCAGAAUUUAGAGAGAACUCUGUUCAGACUCGAGCAAGGGUUUGAGCUGCAGUUCCGUCUCGGUCCAAGCCUUCAGGGAAAGAAGGUUAUGGUGCACACCAACUAUCCACUUGAAGGACAGCUGUUUGACCGAAACAACUUCCGUGUUUUGCCAUGGACCUACCCAACAGGAAAGGAAGAAGACUCUGAUAAGUUCUGCUCUCUGGACCUCAAGUUGGCUGGGUCCUAUCAGUACUACUUUGGAUAUGUGUAAGACCCUCCUGACAGUCGCCCACAUUUUAUAAAUCCGGGGUUUCAAUGUCAAAGCUGAAUUCAGGAAAUGGCAGUGGAAAAUAUUCCAACAGUUAAAUCAUUUUGUUGGAAUCAUCCACGCUAUCACUAAAGCCUGUGAUAGCAUAUCUUUAUGUUAGACAGUCUGUUCUUCAUUUGUCCAUGUUUAUUAAAAAUUAUUGUAGAACUCUAUAAAUUGUUUAAGAAGUGAAUACUUUGUGAAACAGCGUGAUAAAGGUGUCAGUCAGAGAUGCCGGCCAGUCCCGGAAUAACAUGCUGAAUAGGUCUGGCUAGGUGGAAAUCAAACCAGGAACUAAUUAUUACUAUUUUUUAGGUUAUAAAUUAAUAUUCCAGUUGAAAGCAAUCUCCCAGAGCACUUGGGGUUUGUAUCUGGCCCAAGGAUAUUUGGCAUGCAGACUAGAGCAGCAACCUCAACCAAUCACAGCAGAUGGCCCCGCCCCUCCCUGAGCCUGGUU